CUUCUCCCAAUUUUCAUAUUCCCUCGCAGCUUUUCUCACAAACCUUAAAAAAAUUUAGAACGCUCCAACAUUUCCCUCCUUUGAAAGCCCAAAAUUUUCAUCUCCCUCUCUUUCAUCGAUACCUAUUCAAACACAAAUUAAAAUACUUGUCUUUCUAAUUUCACCGAAAACCCACACAUCUCUUACUCCUACCAUGGCUACAGGUGGAAAGCGGAAGUUCAUGUGAAGCUUAAUCGAUGGCUGUUAAGAGAGCUAUGGAGCUUGGGGAAAAGCUUCCUGAAAAGAAGGUUCCAUGUACCAUUGGGAAUAUAGGGAAAGUAAAUGAGGCUAUUUGCAUGCCUGAUGAUAAAGAGGUUCCAUGUACCAUUGGAAUUAGGGGUUUUUGCUUCUCUUUUGAUUCUAUUUACUCGUUCAUCAAUCUAUAUGUCCUUUGAAGAGUGCUGUCAAAUAGGAUAUUGAUCUUUUCAAUUUCAUGUUUUUGAAUUUUAGCCAUUGGAGGGUGAGGCUGUUAUGAGCAAAUUUCAGAAGGUUUAUAAAAAAUUAAGCUGAGCUUUUAAAGGUGUGCCUUUUGAAGAAUUAAUGAAGUUAAAGAACAGAGACAUGGCGAAGAAAGGCUAUUUGGAACCGGGUGAAAGACUUUCAUUUGCUUACUGGAAUCCUUGUUAUAAGUCACAUUAUAUCCCCAAUAGUUGGCAGUGAAGACAAAGCACUGCAAGCAAGCCGACAUUUAUUACCAGCUGGCUUCCACGUGACGGCAAUCAGACCACCAACAGUGCCUCCUAACUCAUGCAGGCUACAUGGAAUAUGGGUUUGCUUUCAGUAGUAGAGCAGUGAAAGUGCUCAAUCUGUUUUCAAAUUAGAUGAUCUACAUUCCUACGACAAAUAAUGAAGUGGAAACAGGAUGUUGCAAAGGUUUUCUUGCCUAUAAAUACCUGGGUGUGGAGUAUAGAAUCUAAAGUGCUGUAUCUUAUAAGAAUACGAAUUGGAAUUCUAUGUCUAAACAUAUUUUCUUGCCUAUUAAAUAAAAAGCAUUCCAUCUGAAACAUUUUAUCAAUGAUUAUAUUUUCUUGCCUAUUUUAGAUUAUAUAACUUUGUUCCUUAUAACAUUCAUUCAUUGCAAAAGAUUAAAAACCAUUUGCAUUCAUCUUAAAUGGAACUCUACAAGAGUUUGAUUGAAAUCUCUUAUUAUUUAAAUAAUCAAAACAUUAGAACAAAUGUAACAACACACAGUUUUGAUUUGUUCAUCAGCCAGGUCAUAGUCGAGUCGAGUACAUAGAGAAAUGAUAUUAUUGCGCUGUAUUCAAGACUCAGUGCAUUCUCGAACUAUCAGGGACUUACACUUGAGGUUGAGACCCUUCAAACUUUUGGUGGUGUGUUAGCUACCAUCCCAGAAAAGUGAUCCAAUCCAAGGUAGUAUCUACUACCUGCUAUAUCAUCCGCAGGAACUGCUGCAAAAAUUUCUCUCAGCUCCUCUUCUGAUAGUUUCACUGAUAAGGCACCAAGGUUAAAAGGGUGGCUGAAACAAAACCAAACCAAUCUCAGAUUUUGGCCAACAUAUUAGGAUGACUAAAUGAUUUACUUAUUGUUUUUUCCUUUCCGUUCACCAACAACAUAAUUGCUGAGUACAUAUGGUAUUUUGUUCUACUCAGUCUUUGUUAGUAUUUAUUUCACAGUAUUUGAUUCUUACCAGUAUCGAUGUGUUUAGUGUACAUGUCUUGUUGGUGCUCUUGUUAGAGCAGCGAGUCACUGCCCUUCUGGACAAACUAUUAGUUAAACCAUCUCUUGUGAAUAUACCUUCCAUGGAGGAAGGUGGGCUCCUAUUCUAUAUUCGAAUGCUGGCGGUGGCGUAUGAAAAAAACCCAAGAAAUUGCUAGAGAUCUCCGAGUUGUAGGAUGCGGUGACUUGGAUGUUGAAGGCCUGACAGAGUCCCUGUUUUCAAAUCACAAGGAUGAAUAUCCUGAAUAUGAGCAGGCAUCUCUCAGACAGUUAUAUAAAGUGAAGAUGGAAGAAUUGCGAGCUGAAAGCCAGAUUUCUGAUUCAUCUGGGACUGGGACAAUUGGACGUUCAAAGGGAGCUGCGGUAGCUUCUUCUCAGCAGCAAACAUCUGUCACUGUCGUAACAGAGUUUGUACGUUGGAAUGAAGAAGUAAUCUCAAGAUGCAAUCUCUUUUCCUCCCAGCCUGCUACACUGGCAUCCCAUGUAAAAGCAGCGUUUACUUGCCUGUUAGACCAAGUUAGUCAAUAUGUAGCAGAAGGUCUUGAACGGGCUAGAGAUGGACGGACUGAAGCAGCUAAUUUGAGGGAAAGAUUUGUGUUGGGUACAAGUGUUAGCCGUCGGGUAGCUGCUGCAGCUGCAUCUGCUGUAAUUACAUGAAUUUUUUCUGUGGUGUUCAAGUUCUGUGUUGUAUGAAAUUAAAGAACAUUUAUCUAAACCUCCCAAUCAUUUUAUAUGUCCUAUACUUCAGGAUGUGAUGGAUGAUCCUUGUGUUGCUGCGGACGGAUAUACAUACGAUCGCAAAGCAAUGAAAAGUGGCUUGAAAAUCACGACAAAUCACCGAUGACAAAUAUGGCUUUACCUCAUAAGUAUCUAAUUCCUAAUUACACGCUUUUAUCAGCAAUUUUGGAGUGGAAGACCUGAUAAAAUAUGAUACUUGCAUAUUUCAUUAUCUUCCUCAAUGCUAAUAUUUAGUUAAAUGAUUCCUUUAAUGUAGCUAGACUAACUAAAGAGUUCACAUGUGAUGAUUACCUGGUUUCA